AUGCUCUCGCCACUCGAGCAAGGUUCCGCUGUUGUUCUCCAACUCGCCAAAGAUGCCGUCUCGAUAGCCGCAGCGGCCGCCCCGACGCCUACCGAUGUGUCCCUUGCUAUCCCCACAGUCAACAUCCUCGCUGCCGCCGCUGCCGCUGCCGCCACCGCUACCGCGACCAGCGUGCCUGAUGUCGGCGAUAACGACGAUGAUUACAGAGUGUAUAAGCGGUGGAGAGAACGGCCCCAGAGGCCCGUCAAGAUUUGGUUCUUUGACGUCUCCAAGCAGGUGUUUGGCUCCGUGCUGGUUCAUAUUGCCAAUGUCUUCAUGUCUAUGCUUACCUCUGGUCGCUUCUCUUUUGAGACGGCCGACUCUCCCAUCGGCCCUAUGGCCACGAUGCUUUUGCGUCGUGACGACGAUGACUAUAGUCCUAACCCGUGCUCGUUCUAUCUCUUGAAUCUAGGCAUCGAUACGACUCUGGGCAUCCCCAUUUUAAUAUACCUGCUCCGCCUCUGGACCGGUGUCGCCUCCCUUACCCGCUUCGGCCAACCUCCUCAGUCGAUCCAGUCCGGCAACUAUGGCGACCCUCCCAACUGGCGAUGGUGGCUCAAACAGUCGCUGCUCUACUUCUGCGGUCUCUUCGGCAUGAAAACCGUUGUCUUGAUUAUACUCGUUCUCUUCCCCUCCAUCUCCCGCAUAGGGGACUGGGCGCUCGGCUGGACUGAAGGCAACGAGAAGCUGCAAAUCUUCUUUGUCAUGAUGCUCUUCCCCUUGAUUAUGAAUGCUUUGCAAUACUACAUCAUCGAUUCGUUUAUCAAGAUGCAGCCCCUAAUAGAACACGAGCUUAUCCCCGGCGAGGAUCCCGAAAACGACAAUGGUGCCGACAGCAACAGCCACAACCACAACGAUAACGACGAGAACAGGAGACGGUCAUCCGCCAGCCGUUAUGAUGGCGAUCAUUUUGACACGAGCUCCGACGACCUGAGCACUGAGAACGACACAUACGGUGUCCGCCUGCACCGCUCUCGUUCACGCCGUAGCUACGGCUCAGAAGGCGAGGGUGAUGGUGAUACUCUUGUUCAGAGUAGUGGCUCGAGCAGGGGCAGUGAGCGUGGAAGUCUGCUGCCGUCCUCCCUCUACCCCAAGGAGUAG